AGAGAAAACUCACGCCGUGCACGUGAAUGAGAGCCUUUUGUCCGGCAGGCGUAGCGCCAAAGAUACGGACAACUGGAACCUCGCGAGCGCGCAAAUAGCAAGGAGAUGUGGGGAUCUUCUUGAUGGCAUUGACAGGCAACGGGCUAUUCAUGUAGUAAUCCACCACCACCGCCUCCACCCGGAGUUCCUCGACAUCCUCGUCGUCCAUAUUCAACGAUAUUUGGGCACUCAAAACAUAUUUAUAAAAUCAGAUAUUUGGUACAGUGUACCCCUGUCCCUCCCCCUGCGCGAAUGCGGGAAGGUCUGCCACAACGUAAAACGCACCAAGACCGCACCCAGCAGCUAGAGCAGGAGCAUGAACCGGCACGCACUGGCCGAGGCCACGAGCUUGCACGAUGGUCCUGUUCCCGUCUACCUCAUGGAGGAGAUCUCCAACGCAACAAAGGCUAGUGAUCGUGACGCAGAGAAGACGGCCGACUAUAUGCUCGGGAGACUCAACAAAAGCAACUUAAAUGUCAAGCUCAAGGCGUUGCAGAUCAUCUCGUAUUGCAUUCGGGAGGGCAGUCCUGCCUUCACAGAGGCUAUCAGAGAGGAGGAACAGGAGAUCUCGGCCUAUUUACAAUUUACGGGCCCUCCGGAUCCGGUAUAUGGAGACGAGAAGUACCGCCGCAUUCGAGUUGCAUCGCAGGAAGCGCUGGUGUGUUUGAAUGACGGAUUCCUGUCGCGUCGGAACGAGGCACCGCCACAGCAACAGCCUCCGCAACAAGAACAGCCACCUCAGGCUGGCGCGAAUAGCUGGCAGGCGCCACAGAAUGACAAUGCGCCGUCGUAUGGCAAUUCCAAUGCUUAUAACCAGGGAGGUCAGCCGGAACGUCAACACUCGAAUGUCGGUGGGUCGUGGGGUCAGCCGCAGGCUUCGAACCGCCCUGCUCCGUACCAUGAUAACCCAUCCGGAGGCUACAACGGCGCAUCUGGCGGUGGUUACAAUGGUCAAUCCGGAGGUUACAAUGCCCCUUCUGGGGGGUACAAUGGUCCCUCUGGUAACACCUACGGCGGUAAUAGCAGUUAUGGACAAAAUGGGGGUAACUCGGGCGGCUAUGGCUACAACCAGAAUGGUCCUCAGGGAAGUUAUGGCCAGAAUGCACCACAACAGCAACAGGCAAGUGGUUUUAAUUCGUGGUCAUCCUCGUCCAGUACUGGCUUAGCCUCGAAGAUCUCAGGUGCAGGUGUCUGGAGUAGUUCAGGUUAUCAGAAGAAGGACCCUGCGAUGGAUAACGAGCCACGCUACAACCCAUCUACAAGGCGUGACAACCGCCCCACAGUGUUGGUGGGUCAUUCGCUUAACUUCCCCAAGCCGGCAGGUGGAUUUGGCAGUAGCAAUACGGGUGCGACAUCAGGGCUGGGUGGAUUUAACAGCGGCACAUACAACCCGAAUGCUGUCCGAGGUGCUACCGCUGGAAACUCGUACAAUCCGAAUGCUAUGGGAGGCAGUGCGCGAGGCAGCUUCGGUGGUCACCAGUCUGGUGGUCCUCCGUCUUAUAUGGAAAACACUAAUCGCAUGCUCAGUGGCAAUACCCACCGUAUCGGAAGCAUGGGUCUUCCCGUGAAUGGACAGCCGCUGAAUGAUGCACCGACGACGGCCCUGGGUAAGAAGGCUGAAGUAUUGAAAAAGAUGGGAACAGCAGCACUAGAGAAGUGGGAUCGCCGCAAUAUGGACAAGUCGAUGGCUUCGUCCUUGGCUGAUAACGACGAACUACGUGCGGGCCCACAAGUGAUUGACCACGGUUACUACCAGCCCAAUGCUCAGCAGGGAACCGGCGGAGGUGACACGAGCAGGGACUAUGAGCGCACGAUGAUCGAUAGCUUGUGCGCACCCGCGGGGCUAUCACGCGCGCCACCCGCAGACGGGCUGAAGCGCUUCGUUGAUCUUGCACAGACGCUGGAUGCUCAAAGUAUUGGCGACAUCUUGCUUGACAAGCUGGAGGAUGACACCUGGCAAGUUCGGUUGAAAGGUUUGCACGUGAUCCUUGCGCUCCUGGAUUCUCCAGGUGCUGCUCCGUACCAGGAGUUCUUCGAGGAGAACGCGGAAGUCGUCGAGGAGUUACGAAAUGAUGCAAAGCCUAGCGUAGUAUCUAAAGCGCUUCAGGUACUGCGUGCUCUUGGUUACGCAGACGAAACAGAUCAGGCUCCCCAACCGACUGCCAAACGCUCGGGCUCUGCGCGAGCACAGCGUGGCAGCCCCAUUAAGAAGCCACCGCAAGAAGUGGAUCUCCUUGGCUUUGGCUCGCUUAGUCUUGAGUCAUCUGCUGGUCCGGUUGACCAAGGUGUUCAGGGUACUGCCGAUCUGCUUGGUUCUCCUAUCCGUUCACAGCCCCCACCAGCCCCAGCACCUCAGCAAGAAAUCUCGCUUCUGGACGGUUUUGAUACACUAGGAAGCUCUACGUCAUCUAACCCAACAUACUCUCAGCAGCCGCAGCAACAGCAGUAUUACCAGCAGCCUCCGCAGGAUGAGCACAACAAGGCGUUGGGUCACUUUGGGAAGGACCUCUUCGCUAUAGCCAACUCUCCGCGCAGUGCAAACAUGGCUACAGGUACAGCAGCUCCUAAUGCAGCUGAUGGAGCGCGACUUAGUGGUGGACAGUCGGCAUUCAACUUCAUGUAGAGUAUGUGUGCAAUCAAUCUGUAGUGUUCAUCGCGGCCAGACAGGAAGAAUUCACACUCGAACAAUGAAAAUGAAAAGCGUAGGCAUGAAAAAAACAAUCGACUAUUAUAAUGCUCCGCAC